AUGGAAACAGCACGCCGUACUCCUGAACCUCAAAAUGAUUACAUACUCUCCCCAUGUCAAAGUCCACUGAUCAGAACAUCAAGUGCUAACUCAAUUACUAACAAACUGAAGUUCAAAGAGAAACAAAUGUACUCAAUGAAUGUUCAAGUUGAUGUCCAGGCCGUCUUCAUUGCUUUGUUAUCUCAAGUAGCCACGCUAUCAAUUGGUCGACCUCAUCGACAAAGCUACAAGACGAAACAAUUCCUAAAGAUCAAGGAUAUCACUUUUAACCGGUUUGAUACUAUCAAUAUCCUCCAAGUCAUCCAACAAAGAUCCAAAGAACAAGAGUUGCUAAUAUCAACAACAGACAACACAUCACUUAAAACGGCUAAAAGAAGGACACAAGUCACCAAAAGACGAGAAACAAUCAGACUCUUACAGGACUUACUCUCUGAGUUUGGGUAUUUUGUGGAAAUUGAAAAAGAAAAUGUUGAUGGAUUUGAAGGAGAAAUAACUAUCUACAAAGAUGGUUUACUAUUUUUAAAAACAGAGCAAGUCAGAGAAAUGGGAAAGAAUAUUAAUAUAUACUUGACAGAGUUACUUAACUGCUCGAAAAGUAUUGUAGUCAACAAAGAGACGUUUUCUUUUGACAAGUGUCUUCCUAAUUUUGUAUAA